GUACCCAUUUGGCAUAUGCAAGUCAUAGGCCCAGAAGGAUUGGAAGUGAUACUUGAAGGAUUGACAAUCUUUGAAGAAACCGAGUCUCCUAAUUCUGAAAGAACUCCUAAAUCGGGAAACAUGGCAGAAGACCAGUAUGACACCGCCUCAGUCAAUGACUUUGCUAACCGGAAUCUGAGGGGUACUCAAUCUUGUAUUCGAAUGCCGGAGUUUCAAGCACAUACUUUUGAGAUCAAGCCCGCCAUGAUCACAAUGCUUCAAAUGAAUGUCGAAGCAAGAGAUGAGUUUCUUAGCUUUAAGCAAUAUCCAGAGGAACAUCUCUAUGCAGCUUGGGAGAGAUACAAGAUGUUGAUGAAGAAAUGCCCUAAUCAUGGAGUGGACAAAUGGGUAGUGAUUCAGAUUUUCUGUAAUCGUCUGAAUCCAUCUUCGAAGGCCAUGGUUGAUUCUAUCACAAAUGGGGGAUAUCGAAAUGUGCCUGUCAAUGAAGUUUUUCGCCUCUUAGACCAAUUGUCUGCGAAUAACACUCAAAACACGGAUAGAAGGAAUACAUCAAUGGUGACUAGUGCUAAAGAUGAUUCCUCUUCCCAGAUUGUAUCCAUCUUGAAUGCAAUGAACAAGCGUUUUGAUGUGUUGGAAUCUCAAAUGCAAAGGGGAAAUUCUCAUAAUGUGCAUGCUGUCCAAGCCAUUCCAACUGAUCCCGGUAGCUUCUCAAUUCCGUGUCAUAUUGGGAAUAAAUUUUUGGGUAAGGCAUUAUGUGAUCUUGGAGCUAGUAUCAAUCUUAUGCCUCUCUCUAUUUUCAAUAAAUUGGAGUUGGGUGAAGCUAGACCAACAACCGUGACUUUGCAAUUAGCGGAUAGAAGCUUGGCUUAUCCACGUGGUGUUAUUGAAGAUGUUCUUGUAAAAGUGGAUAAAUUCAUUUUUCCGGUUGAUUUCAUUGUCCUUGAUUGUGAGGUGGAUCGUGAUAUUCCUAUUAUCUUAGGAAGACCAUUCUUGGCAACUGCUAGAACCUUGAUUGAUGUUGAAAAAGGUGAGCUUACUAUGAGGGUGGAUGAUGAGCAAGUCACUUUUAACAUGCACAAGUUGAUGAAAUCUCCCAAAGAUCUUGAGCAAUGCUUCUUUGUUGAUAUGCUUGAUCAAGUUGCACAAGAAGAAUUCAAUAAGGCAAUUCCUAAUGAUUUUUUAGAAGCCUUGUUACUAGGAGCUCAAUUAAAGACUCAAGAUGGAGAAGAGUGUAUGGCUAUCAUGAAUGCAUCACCGGUUUAUCCUAAAAACCGUGUCCAAUUUGAAUCUCUAGACUUAUCUUCUCUUGGUAGACCAUCUUUGAAAUCCUCUAUUGAAGAGCCACCAUAUCUUGAGUUGAAGACAUUACCUUCUCAUCUUCGGUAUGUCUAUUUAGAAGCCAACAACACUUUGCCAGUGAUUAUUGCUGCGGACUUGAAUGAACAACAAGAAGAGCAACUUGUGGAAGUCUUGAAAGCUCACAAGAGAGCUAUUGGGUGGACUAUUGCCGACAUAAAGGGUAUUAGCCCUUCAAUUUGCAUGCAUAAGAUUUUCCUUGAAGACAAUCAUAAAACUUCUGUGGAACAUCAAAGAAGGUUGAAUCCUAUCAUGAAGGAAGUAAAAGGAGGCAUGACUGUAGUGGCUAACACCCACAAUGAGCUAAUUCCUACUCGCACUGUCACUGGGUGGAGAGUAUGCAUGGAUUACCGGAAGCUAAAUGCGGCCACUAGGAAAGAUCACUUUCCUCUUCCCUUUAUCGACCAAAUGCUUGACAAAUUAGCUGGAAGGGAAUUCUUUUGCUUCCUUGAUGGGUAUUCAGGCUAUAACCAAAUUGCCAUAGCUCCAGAGGAUCAAGAAAAAAUGACAUUUACUUGUCCUUAUGGAACUUUUGCUUUCAAGCGCAUGCCUUUUGGGUUAUGCAAUGCACCGGCCACUUUUCAGAGGUGUAUGAUGGCAAUUUUCUCUGAUAUGAUUGAGCAAACUAUGGAAGUCUUCAUGGAUGACUUCACGGUUUUUGGGGAUUCAUAUGAGGAAUGUUUGAUCAACUUGGCCAAUGUGUUGAAAAGAUGUGAAGAGACCAACUUGGUCUUGAAUUGGGAAAAAUGCCACUUCAUGGUUAAGGAGGGCAUAGUUCUUGGCCAUAGAGUCUCCAAAAAUGGCUUGGAGGUAGAUAGAGCCAAAAUUUCGGUGAUUGAGCAACUUCCUCCACCUACUAAUGUUAAGGGUGUGAGGAGUUUUCUUGGUCAUGCGGGAUUUUAUCACCGCUUCAUUAAAGACUUCUCCAAAAUAGUCAAGCCUCUUUGCACUCUUCUUGAGAAAGAUGCUGAAUUUAAAUUUGAUGAUUCAUGCUUGAAAGCAUUUGAAGAGUUGAAGAAAAGACUUGUGUCUGCGCCUAUCAUGAUGGCUCCUGAUUGGAGUUUGCCUUUCAUUGUGAUGUGUGAUGCUAGUGACUUUGCUGUGGGUGCUAUGCUUGGCCAAAAGAAAGAAAAAGUACUUCACCCAAUUUACUAUGCUAGCAGAACACUUGAUGAUGCUCAAGAAAACUACACCACAACUGAGAAAGAGCUUCUUGCAGUGGUGUUUGCUUUUACCAAGUUUAGAUCGUAUCUUGUGGGUACUAAGGUGACAGUUUACACUGACCAUUCAGCUUUGAAGUACCUAUUCAGCAAGAAGGAGUCUAAAGCAAGGUUAAUUCGAUGGGUACUACUUCUACAAGAAUUUGACUUGGAGAUUAUUGAUAGGAAGGGUACUGAGAAUCAAGUGGCGGACCAUCUUUCUAGGUUGAGUACUGAUGCUCAACUUAAAUGUAAUGUUGUUAUUGAUGAAGCUUUUCCUGAUGAGCAACUCUUUAAGGUUGACAAUAUUCAAACACCGUGGUAUGCGGACAUUGUCAACUAUCUUGUUUGUGGCAUCUUGCCCUUUGAUUUGAAGUUUCAUCAAAAGAAGAAGUUUCUCCAUGAUGCUAAGUUAAAGUGUGUUCCUGAGUGUGAGCAACAAGAAAUUCUAAGAUGUUGCCAUUCUUCUGACUAUGGAGGCCACUUCGGGGGUGACAAGACAGCAUCUAAAAUCUUGCAAAGUGGUUUCUAUUGGCCCUCUUUAUUCAAGGAUGCAUAUGACUUUGUUUUAAAGUGUGAUAGGUGCCAAAGGAUGGGUAAUAUCUCUAGAAGGAAUGAAAUGCCACUCAACAACAUGCUUGAAGUAGAACUGUUUGACGUGUGGGGCAUAGACUUCAUGGGACCAUUUCCCAUGUCUUUCAACAAUCAAUAUAUCCUUGUGGCUGUAGACUAUGUCUCAAAAUGGGUCGAAGCGGCGGCAUUUCCCACUAAUGAUGCUAAAGUGAUACUUGAGAAGACGGUAGGAGUGGCAAGAAAAGAUUGGUCCACCAAACUUGACGAUGCAUUGUGGGCUUAUCGAACGGCUUACAAAACUCCUAUCGGCAUGUCUCCAUACCGAUGGUCGGGACCGUUCAAUGUGGUCCAAGCAUUCCCUCAUGGUGCUAUUGAGCUAGAGAGCAGUGAAGGAAAAAGAUUUAAAGUCAAUGGACAACGAGUGAAGCAUUACUGGGGUGGUGAGGUAGACCGUGAAGCAAUCACCUUGCCCUUAUCUGAUGCCUCUUGA